CCUUUGCCGUCGACGCUGCACGGAGUGGAAGAGAGGGGUGCUGCUUCGUUCGUGAUUCCGAUUAAAAGCGCAUCAUGGUUCUUCUACAGCCAGACCCUUUUCUUAAUGAACUAACGAGCAUGUUUGAACGCAGUACGGAGAAGGGUUCUGUUUGGGUUACCCUCAAAAGAUCGUCUUUGAAGUCUAAGGUGCAAAGGAAUAAGAUGAAGACUGCAGGAGAAACUAUAGAGUAUAGAUGCCUUGUGCGUGCCACUGAUGGCAAAAAGACGAUAUCUACUUCGGUCGGGAUGAAGGAUCACCAGCGCUUCCAAGCUUCUUAUGCAACGAUCCUGAAGGCACACAUGACUGCUUUAAAGAAGAGGGAGAGGAAGGACAAGAAGAAGUCUGCAGUAGAUAAGAAAGAAGAGGGUUCAAAGAAGCCCUAGAGUAUGAAAAGUUUCUAUCAAUGAUGCCCUACAAACCCAACACCUUCAUUUUUAUUGACUUUCAUCUUCACCUAGGGAACUUAAUACAAGAAUUCUUUCAGUUUCAAGAAAUUACCAUGAUUUGAAUUUUUUGCAAAUACAAGAUCCUGGAUGAUCUUGGUGUUAGAGCUGGUUGAUAUUCAGAUGAAAGGAAUUGUUGUAAUUAUGUUCCUGCUAAUGUAUGCUACUUCUGGCUUUAAAUUCCUAAUUAGCAUGGCAUUAUCUUUGAGGCUUUCUUCCUGGCCAAAAAUUUUCCAGUAUUGGUUCUAAGCUUUUAAUUUCCAUUUUAAGCCCUUAAAUAUAUAUCUUAGCUUUUUAUUUGUAAAGAU